AUGGCCGAUGAGCCGAUUGCAGUGGACGGGGACUAUCAUUAUGAAAGUGAUAACGCAUACAGUCCGGAUGAUUUUGAUUGGCAAAGCACCGAUACGAAAUCCAUUGGGUCAUCGAUCUAUGAAGGUCUCAUCUCUAAUGGUCGGAGGUAUCAAUCUCUUCGGAACAAGGAAUACAUUAUCCCAUCCGAUGAACUACAAUUCGAAACAUACGAAGCAGGACACCUCGUGGAUAUGAUAUUGAACUACCAUAAAGCAAAUCCGCUUUUCUCAUCCCCUAUUGGCAAAAAUCCAGAUGAUUCUAUGCACAUCUUGGAUAUUGGAACCGGGAAAGGUACAUGGGCGAUGGAUGUGGCGGACAGAUAUCCUAAUAGCACUGUGCGUGGAGUUGAUCUUUACCCACCACCGGUCGUCUGGACACCACCCAACUGCGUCUUCGAAGUGGACGACAUUCUAGAAGAAUGGACAUGGCGCGAAGAAUUCGACCUAAUUCACAUGGCAAACAUGAUUGGAUCAUUCGAUUCCUCCGAAUGGACAAACCUGUAUCAACAGUGUUACAACAAACUCAAACCGGGCGGAUGGCUAGAGCAAUUUGAAAUCGGACCGUUUGUCGAGAGUGAUGACGGAUCAUUACCUCCAGAUAGUGCCCUUGCAUCAUGGGGACGUCUAAUAAAAGAAUGCGGUGAGCGAGCCGGUCGCUCCUGCGAAAUAAUAUCGACGAUGUCGUCGAGUAUACGACAAAUGGGCUUUGUGGACGUACAUGAAAGAGUCUACAAGUGGCCCAUCGGCCCAUGGCCAAAGGAUGAGCGAAUUAAAGAAGCGGGAUUUAUCAAUGUCCGGCAUUGGAUGUCCGGUAUGGAAGGUUGGUGUAUGUGGUUACUUACGAACUACGGCACCCCUAAACCAUGGACAAAGGAAGAAGUGUACGUGUUUUGUGCCGAGGUGCGCAAUGAGAUUCGGCAGGGCAAAUAUCACUGCUAUCAUAAGGCGUAA